AGCGGCUACUCUCCAUUUCUCAACUUCACUAAUGCACAACACUUCCUUUCAAUACUCGCAGACAUGGCGGGAAUAGUAGAGCAACUCGACGCUAGCAUAGCUAGCUUGUUCUCUGGCUGGAACACCUAUUCGACUCUCAUUGCACUUGGCAUUGCCGGCUUCCUCGGUUGGGUGGUCUUCGAUAUCCAAGAUGCAGACAUCCAUCCACUGCUUCUCGCCCGGCAGGCCGUGGCGUCAUAUGUGAGACAACCAGGAGAGUCUGCAGUCUUCAGAUCACCAGAGACUCCGCACGGAUAUGGCCUAAGGACCGGACUGGCAGUGAAACCCCCGGGAGCGCCUGCUUAUACCGCUGGAAGAGAUGGAGACCUUAGAGAUGUGUGGCGCCGUGUCACUGGAGAGAUUCCACUUGAAAAAGGCGGUACACCAGGCAAGACCGGGAGCAUUCAGACUGUCUUCGGCAAGGAGGACCUUACAGAGCAUAACAUCGCCGACAUUACGCGGGAGAUCAAUGUCAUUGGGAAGCACCUGAAAGAGCACGGCGCAAAGCGUGUUGCUGUCUAUCUGCCGAAUUCCGUGGAGUUUCUCACAACUGUUUUUGCUGCCUCUUUUUAUGGAUUCUCUCCGAUUUUGAUCCCUUACAACCAACCUCAUAACACUCUAGUGGAGUUGCUCAAUCAAACUGGCGCCGACUCGCUCGUUGCUGCCGCCGGGUCACUCCCUCUGACCGAUGUGAGCAAGGGGGUUCCUGGUCUCCGCCAGCUCAUCUGGACAGUCGAAAAGACGAGUAGACAUAUGGAUUGGAAUGAGGUCCCAGAAGGCAUUGGAGGGAAGGUCGACGUGACAGUAUGGCACGAGCUUGUCCAGGAGUCGAAGAAUGCUUCGACCGAGCUUCCAACUACCGCCGCGGGAUCCAAGCCCGCCAAUCUCGUAUUCCUCUGGCAAGAGAAACCUGGAGCGCCAGCUGAGGUCGUAGAAUUCACCCAAGCGAACAUAGUUGCGGGUAUUGGCGCGCUCAUCUCUGCGCUCCCAUCUCCUCAACGCAUGACUCCAUCCGAUACAUUUUUGGCUGUAGAGACCUUCACACACUCCUACGCGUUGUGUCUGACUCUGGUCGCGCUCUUUUCGCAUGCGACCCUGGUCAUCAAUUCGGUCGCUGCUCCCGGAGUUGAGCUAGAUUUGGCGACCAGGAACAUUGCCCCUACAAUAAUUGUCGCUUCAGCAGAGACAGCUGCGAAACUGCACAGCACCACGACAUCUUCCAUAACGAGUAGCUUGAAGAAGCUUGCCCACUAUCUCGAAACGAGAAUGCUAACAGCAGGUCGUAUGCCGACAGACACAUUACUUACUCGUCUAAAUGCACCAAAGAGAGCUGCUAUUGGAACAGAGCCUGGAAAGCUCCGGCUGCUGUAUGUGUCAGAAAGAGCUGGCACCAAUACUCCCCCUCUGUCUUCCGAUGAUCUUUCAGACCUGCGUAUUUACACAGGUGCCAGGGUUGUGUACGCACUCACUGCAGCAAAAGUUGCUGGUGCCGUCGCGCAGACAAACAUUUAUGAUUAUCGGAGAGGCAUCGGCGCGCAGAACAAGCACAGCCACUUUGGUCUGCCAUUAAGCUGCUUGGAGAUCAAGCUUGUGGACACUCCAUCGCACAAGACAACGGACGAUCAUUCUAUGGGCGAGAUCGUCGUCAGCGGCCCCUCAGUUGCCGGCGGCGAGGUGUCGCUAGGCGUGACAGGCAAAUUCCAGAACGACCAUACUUUAGCCUAUGUAUGAUGAAGCGGUAGUAGUCCACUUUACGAGCUAUAGACCCUCCAAUCCAAGCUGAACGCCGAAAAUGGCUUUUGAUUUCAGUCGCGCAAAGAUGACAACUGAUUUGCACGCUGAGAUCUCAACAUCAAUUUUCAACGAUUAUCUCCUUUGAAGUACUUCUAAAACAUAUGCAUAGAGAAGAUAUGCUUUGCCCGUAUCAAUGCCCUGGCCCUGCCAUUCCCCCUUGUGCUUUUUAGACCACCUGGGCAGGGCUAGAA